UCGAAAUGGUAUCACAACCAAUUUACUCGUCUAGCAAGAACAUACCAGCAACAGCGUAACCGUAGCUAGAGCACUAAAUACCUAAAAUGGCAUUCAAAAUCGCCGUCUUCGCCGCCAUCGUGGCCGUCGCCAGUGCCGUUGGUAUCCACCCACCUUCAUUGGGAGCUUACCAUGCACCUCUGGGAGCAUACCACGCACCUCUGGGAGGUUACCAUGCACCUCUGGGAGGUUACCACGCACGUCUGGGAGCUUACCACGCACCUCUGGGAGCUUAUCAUGCACCUCUGGGAGCUUACCCAGCUGUUGCCAAGGUCGCCGCCCCUCUUGCCUACCCGGCCGUCGCUAAGGUCGCUGCCCCAUUCGCUGACUACGACGCGAACCCUCAGUAUAGCUACAGCUAUGCCGUCGCUGAUGCUGUGACCGGUGACAACAAGAACCAGCAGGAAUCUCGCUCCGGAGAUGUCGUGACUGGCUCGUACUCUCUGGUUGAACCCGAUGGCACCCGUCGUGUUGUUGAGUACAACGCUGACCCAAUCAACGGAUUCAACGCCGUCGUCCACCGUGAGCCUCUGGCCGUCAAGGCUGUGGCCCCAGUUGCCAAGUUCGCUGCCCCGCUGGCUUACCCCGCCGUCGCUAAGGUUGCUGCCCCGUACGCACCAUACGGAGGAUACCCAGGCUACGGAAAGGCCAUCCUUGGUUAAGAACAAACCUUCAUCCCUAGACGCAAGUUUGAUUUCUUUUCCGGUACCUAAUGCUCAUUCUUCAUCUUGAAGUCAAUAGCGCACAUCACCUUUAAUUUAUUUCUCAUUCCUUCAUUUCUAUUCUGUACGCUAUUCUUUUCUAUGAUCUAUUUAAACAUUUGUGUACAUAUGAAUGUGACGUGUGCUGCGAAAAACAAAAUGAAAAUAGUUUCAUUUAACAAGCCUUGACAUUGCGAAAGGAUGUGUGAAACUAUUGUUAUAAUGUUAGUGGGAAAAGAUUCACCCAAAUGUUUAUUAAAAUAAAGCUAAUAGCUUUCAAAAUAUAGACAAA